AUGCGACCCUACCCCAAGCCUUACUAUCAUUUCAGAGAUGAACUUACUAUAAUCGACGGAGUAAUACUUAAGAACAAUCGUGUAGUUGUACCGGCAACUCUGAGAGAAGACAUGCUUAACAGGAUACACGAAGGACACAUGGGAAUAGAGAAAUGUCGAAGACGUGGCCGCAGAACACUAUACUGGCCCAACAUGAGUAGAGACAUUGAAAACAAAGUUAGCACCUGUGCUGUAUGUCAGAAGUACAGAUAUAAACAACAGAAAGAACCUCUAAUAUCACAUGAAGUUCCAAGCACACCAUGGGUGAAAGUUGCAGCAGACAUAUAUACACUCAAUGAUAAUGGUCCCCAGUUUACGUGUGAAGAAUUUAAAAUGUUCACCAAGGCAUAUGAAAUAACAUAUAUCUACUCAAGUCCCUAUCAUCCUCAGUCGAAUGGACAAGCAGAAAAAGGAGUAGGAAUAKUAAAAAACUUACUCAAGAAGUCUUUAGAAGCCAAAGAAGAUCCAUAUCUAGUACUGCUAGCAUACCGCAGCACGCCUUUAGAUUGUGGUAAAUCACCAGCAGAAUUAUGUAUGAAMAGAUUAUUAAGAACAACAUUACCUAAUGCAGCUGAUCAUAAAGUCAACAAAGAUCCUCGUGCAACAGCUGAACGAUCCAAACAGAAAGAGUAUUAUGACAAAAGAGCAAAGCCUUUAAGAGAACUCAAGGAGAAUGAAACAGUCAGAAUAAGAGAUGAUAAAUGUUGGAGUAAGAAAGCAAAAGCACAAAAGUUCCAAGAAACACCAGAUGACACUGUAGAAAAGUUAACAACAGAUAAUUCAAAUGCUCUCGAAAAUCUUACAGAUGUCAGAAACACUCCUUCAAAUAUGUUGAAGUCACUUCUAGCGUACGAAGGUCACAUAGGCAAAGAAAAAAGCCAGAAAGAUUAA